AAGGAAGAAGCUGCAACUGCCUGCAACUGCUGCAUACAAAUUAUGGCGUCCACGUUGGGCACUUCUUCGAUUGCGUUCGUGCCUUCACGAUACCACUCUUCUCCUUCUAUUCAUUCUCUCUCUCUAACCACAGGGAUGAUAUUUGGGCGCAAGUUUUGUGGAGGAAUUGGAUUUUAUGGCGUCAAGGGAAGGUCUCAGUUCCCAGUUGUGAGUGUUGUCGCUGAAGUUAACUUUGCUGAACAGGUUCAGAAGAUUGCUUCUAAAGAAAGUCAGAGGCCAGUGUACCCAUUUUCUGCUAUAGUUGGACAGGAUGAGAUGAAGCUUUGCCUUCUCCUAAAUGUGAUUGAUCCCAGGAUCGGAGGUGUAAUGAUCAUGGGGGAUAGGGGAACAGGGAAAUCUACAACAGUUAGGUCAUUGAUUGAUUUGCUUCCUGAAAUCAAGGUUGUUGCUGGUGACCCUUAUAAUUCAGAUCCAGAGGAUCCAGAAUUCAUGGUUGUUGAAGUGAGAGAGCGUGUGUUGAAAGGAGAGCAACUUCAGGUUGUCUAUUCCAAAAUUAACAUGGUGGAUUUGCCAUUGGGAGCUACAGAAGAUAGAGUCUGUGGGACAAUUGACAUUGAAAAAGCCCUAACUGAGGGUGUAAAGGCAUUUGAGCCUGGCCUACUGGCUAAAGCUAAUAGGGGAAUUCUAUAUGUUGAUGAAGUUAAUCUUUUGGAUGAUCACUUAGUCGAUGUCUUAUUGGAUUCUGCUGCAUCAGGUUGGAACACAGUGGAGAGAGAGGGUAUUUCAAUCUCACAUCCUGCACGGUUUAUCCUAAUUGGUUCAGGCAACCCUGAAGAAGGGGAACUCAGGCCACAGCUUCUGGAUAGGUUUGGAAUGCAUGCUCAAGUGGGGACUGUAAGGGAUGCUGAGCUAAGAGUGAAGAUUGUUGAGGAGAGAGCUAGGUUUGACAAAAACCCAAAGGAAUUCCGAGAUUCUUACAAACUAGAGCAGGAUAAGCUCCAGCAACAGAUUGCCUCAGCUAGGAGUUAUCUUUCUUAUGUUCAAAUUGAUCAUGAUCUCAAGGUAAAAAUCUCUAAGGUUUGUGCAGAGUUGAAUGUGGACGGAUUAAGAGGAGACAUAGUAACAAACAGAGCUGCAAAAGCUCUUGCUGCUCUCAAGGGAAGAGACAAAGUAAGUGCAGAGGAUAUUGCUACUGUCAUCCCUAACUGUUUAAGGCACCGUCUUCGAAAGGAUCCCUUGGAGUCAAUAGACUCAGGUUUGCUUGUUAUUGAGAAAUUUUAUCAGGUAUUCAGCUGAACUUGGUAUAACUUGGUCUGUCUGUUAUAGUACUGAUUCAACAUGUUACCGCUUCAUUAUUUUACAUUUUUCACUUUUUCUGUGGGGAUUUCAUUGUCCUUGAACAUGCGCAAGAUUCAGAAAUUCCAUCUACAC